AUGGUACGUGGUACGGCCAUUUCGUUAGCAUCCAGCUCUUCCGCAUCGAGCUCGUCAUCAACAUCUGGUGCAGCGCUUGCCGGAACGGGCGGCGGAUCUGGCGACUGCUCUUCCGUUGGGGGCUGUGCUAUGACCGGCUCAUGCGCUACGGUUCUCCUACGCUUGGCAUUGCAACAUGACGUCAAAAGCGGACUGCUGCGAUGGCAUGUGGAUGACAAGCUGAACCGCCCUUUUGCAACGGGGCUGUUUGACAUCAUCAUUCGGAAUGCGUUUCAAAAGGGUGUUGGUGGUUCUGCGACUGUCAUCAAGGCUUUCCACAUUGCAUACGUCCUGUAUUUGGUACCCCUUUCCCUAUACCCACAACUUCCCUUUUCCCUUCCUCCCAACCCCACCUAUGUGCCUCUGUUGCCCCUUGUGCAGGGGCAGUCACUCCAGGCCUUCCGCUCACCUCCUCCUCACCCUCUUCCCUUCCUCCCAACCCCACCUGUUGGCAGUCACUCCAGGCCUUCCGCUCACCUCAUCCUCGCCCUCUACCCUUCCUCCCAACCCCACCUAUGUGCCUCUGUUGCCCCUUUUGCAGUGGCAGUCACUCCACGCCUUCCGCUCACCUCAUCCUCGCCCUCUACCCUUCCUCCCAACCCCACCUAUGUGACUCUGGGCAGUCACUCCAGGCCUUCCGCUCACCUCAUCCUCGCCCUCUUCCCUUCCUCCCAACCCCACCUAUGUGCCUCUGUUGCCCCUUGUGCAGGGGCAGUCACUCCAGGCCUUCCGCUCACCUCAUCCUCACCCUCUUCCCUUCCUCCCAACCCCACCUAUGUGCCUCUGUUGCCCCUUGUGCAGGGGCAGUCACUCCAGGCCUUCCGCUCACCUCAUCCUCACCCUCUUCCCUUCCUCCCAACCCCACCUAUGUGCCUCUGUUGCCCCUUGUGCAGGGGCAGUCACUCCAGGCCUUCCGCUCACCUCAUCCUCACCCUCUUCCCUUCCUCCCAACCCCACCUAUGUGCCUCUGUUGCCCCUUGUGCAGGGGCAGUCACUCCUGCCAUGUCGCAAGACCCUCCAGCACACUUCCCCUAUGCCCAUAUCCCAUUCCCCCUUGUUGAGCACGGUGUUCAGCAUCACACCACCAACGGCAAGAAGGUUUCAACCGAUGCCUGCGUCAACCACGACCAGAUCCUCUCGCUUCACAGGAAGGUGAAGGCGGCGAUCAAGAAGUAUCUGGAUGACACUCCUGACGACCAGCUGCCGUCUUGGGAUGCGGAUCACCAGGGAUGGGUAUUCGGACCGAGGGGCACCGUUGUCAUCUCGGGCAGCGGCUUUCCGAAUCACAUCCCCGACGGCGCAGAUCCUGACAAGAGGGACCAGGAGGAGGCGGAGAUCCUAGUGAAGUAUUGCAGGAUGCAGGCCGACAAGGUUGAGGCCAAGAGAGGUUGUCAGGCGCAGGGUGAUGGUCGUGAUGACGAUGAUAACGAGGUAGGCAAUUGGAUGGAUGAAGGGGAUGAUGAGUAUUGA